GAAAAUGAACAGUUUGGCCCGAGGGCCGAGGCCCUGUGUCUCUGUCUCCUACCUGAGUGGUGGCCUGGAAAACGCAGCAUUUUGGCAACAGCAACAACAACAAGUAGAACAACAGCAGUAUCAAGCUUUAUUUAACUACAACGAGAAGAUCAGCAACACUGGCUGCACAUUAUUAAAAAGUACGUUCCUAGCAAGCACUAUUGGUAGUACUUUGGGCCCGCACAGUGCGGCCGCCCGAUCGUUUGCGUCUGCAUGGAGUCAAUGAGACGUAACGAGGCAAACACUAGCCACCACCCGAAUAAGGUGGCCCUGAAUAGCAGCAACGUAGCAACGGAAAGCAAUAUUAAGAAUAAAUUGUUAGCUAAUUUAAGUGCGGCAAACGCAGCAGCAGCAGCAACAGCAACAACGGUAGCAGGAACAGCAACAACAGCAGCAGCAACAACAACGGCAGCCACGAAUCAAGCAUUGAAUUUCAAUAACAAAGUAAAGGCAACAACAGCAACGAAUAAUUUGCAAGGCAAUAGCGCGAUUAAGAAGCAAAAAUUAGUUGGUUCUAGUAGCAGGACAAACGCAAGUACAACGACAACUGGCAACGCAGCAGCGUCGAAUAGCAACAGCUCUUCCAAUUCCAAUUCCAAUUCCAGCGAGUCCAAAGAUACAAAUUUCGAGUACGAGGACGAGUGGAAUAUUGGCGGUAUACCAGAGCUACUAGACGAUUUAGACGCAGACAUAGAAAAGUCGGCGGCACAUUCGGGUGGUGGCAACCAAACGGCAACCGCCACAAAUAUAAAUGCAAAACAACUGAACAACAACAACAAUAAUAACAAUAAUAAUAAUAGCACAACAGCAGCAGCAGCAGCAACAGCAACAACUGUAGCUCCAACAGCUCACAAGUCGCACAAGACGACAUUGCAUAGCAAUUUGUCGGCCACAUCGCCAACCACAAUUAAGUUCACACGCCAGCCCCUACACAGCGGCGCCAACUCAGCGCCAGCAACGUCAACAGGCUCCAGCAGCAACAGCAGCAGCAGCUCAACUGUGUUGUCCUCCAGCGGUAAGAGUUCGUCUUCCUCAUCGGACAAGCAUCAUCAUCAUCAUCACCAUCGACAUCAUCAUAGCUCAUCUGGCAAGGGUCUAAAAUCCGCGCUAGUAGCACAACUCACGAGUCCCGGUCUCAAUAACAACAACAACAACAACAACCAUCAUCAAAACAACAACAGCAGCGGCAGCAGCAGCAGCGCUAAGAACAGUUCCGCCAGCACAUUGUCAUCAUCGACAUUUGCCGGCUUCUCCAAGGGCGGCAAUUUGGUUUCCUCUUGCGCCAGCCAGUCUUCCCAUAACAGCAGCAGCACUGGUCAGCAAGCCAAAUACUCCGCUGGCGGCAUGUCCUCGCAAACGGGCAGCGGCAGCGGCAGCAACUCGAGCAACAACAACAGCAGCAGCAGCGUAAGCGGCGCCAACAGCGCCGGCGGCAACAGCAACAGCAGCAUAGGCAACCUAGGUGGCGCCACUGCUAGUGGGCAGAGUGCACAAGGCGGCAGCAGCAGCGGUAAAUCGAGCGCAAAAAUGUCAAUUGAUCACCAGGCGACGCUCGAUAAAGGACUCAAAAUGAAGAUCAAGCGCACCAAGCCCGGCACCAAAAGCUCCGAGGCGAAGCACGAGAUCGUCAAAGCCCCCGAUCAACAGAACGGUGCAUUGGGCAACAAUGCCGGCGGCGGCCAAGAUGAUGCCGCUGGCAACAGCGGUGCCAGCACCAACAGCAGCAGCAGCAACGCCAAUGCGUCUUCCCUCAACAGCAACAACAACAGUAGUAGCAGCAGUAGUGGCAGCAGCAAUUCCAGCAGCAACAGCGGCUCUUCCAGUUCCAGCAGCAGCAAGAAGCAUCUCAACAAUGCCAGCAACAACAAUAGCAGCAGCAGCAGCGGCGGCGGCGGCGGCAAUCAAGGCAGCAACUCGCACGGCAGCAACAGCAACAGCGGCAGCAGCAGCAACAACAGCAGCAGCCAACAGUCAACGCCCACGCAGAGCAACAAGCGCGGCAGCUCCGGACAUCGGCGCGAGAAGACCAAGGACAAAAACGCACAUUCCAAUCGCCUCAGCGUGGACAAGUCAGCGGCCUCCGCAGCUGGCGAAAAAGACACGCCCGAGAAGAACGCCAGCAACAGCAGCGCCAGCAACAGCAACAGCUGCCAGUGCAAUGGCGACAUGAACGCAGCCAGUGGAGCUGCGCCAUGUGCUCAUCAUGCCUGCAUUCGACGUCUCUCCAAUGCCAGCAACAACAGCAACAGCAGCGGUGGCGGCAGCAACAGUUCCAGCGUCUCGGCUGUGCCUCCGGGCGUCUUUACACCCUCGGCCGGCUCGCCCGCCGCUGUGGUCUCUGCUGCUGCCUCGUUGUUGGCAGCGACAACUGCAGCCAGCAAUGCCACGCAGUCGGCGACGGGCAACAGCAGCAGCGGCGGCAAUGGCGUCAAUGCUGGCGCAGCCAAUGCACCCGGACCGCCUGGCAAGGAUGCUGGCAUUAAAAUCUCCUCACACAUUGCUGCCCAAUUGGCAGCAGCAGCCGCCAGCAGCAGCAGCAGCAACAACAACAACACAGGUGGCAACUAUGCGGCCGCCGGUCAGAGCAACAGCGCAGUCGUCGCUGCUGGCGGGGACAACAACAAGUUGGCCAAAAUGCUGGCGCCCGGCUUGAUCUCAGCCACCUGCCAUCACACCAUCUCAGUGCCCGCCUGCAGCGCCAACGAUGACGAAAGCAAAUCUCCGCCGGCUAAGCGUGCCAAGCACAGCGAUGGCAGCAAGGACAUGGUCGACAUAUGCAUUGGCACCUCCGUGGGCACCAUUACCGAGCCGGACUGCCUCGGUCCCUGCGAGCCCGGCACAUCGGUCACACUCGAGGGCAUCGUUUGGCACGAGACUGAGGGCGGCGUGCUGGUCGUGAACGUGACGUGGCGCGGCAAGACCUAUGUGGGCACGCUGCUCGACUGCACCCGACACGACUGGGCUCCUCCAAGAUUCUGUGAUUCACCAACUGAAGAAUUAGAUUCUCGCACACCCAAGGGACGCGGCAAGCGCGGACGCAGCGCUGGUCUCACGCCCGAUCUGAGCAACUUUACCGAGACCAGAAGCUCGAUUUAUUUCUCACAUGCACAGGUGCAUUCGAAGCUGCGCAAUGGCGCCACCAAGGGACGCGGCGCCACACGCAGCGCCUCGGGCAAUGCGGCGGCAGCGGCGGCGAGCAACAGCAGCUCGUCGGGCAAUGGCGGCGGCGCCACGCCCAGCACCUCGCCCACAAGCUUCCUACCGCCGCGUCCGGAGAAACGCAAGUCCAAGGACGAGGCGCCCUCGCCGCUCAAUGGCGAAGGCGUCGAUGGCAUGAGCAUGGUCAAUGCCAGCGGCAUACCCAUCUCGGCUAGUGGCGGUGGCCUGGCCACCCAGCCGCAGAGCCUGCUCAAUCCAGUGACCGGACUCAAUGUGCAAAUCAACACCAAGAAAUGUAAGACUGCCUCGCCCUGCGCGAUCUCCCCGGUGCUGCUCGAGUGCCCCGAGCAGGACUGCAGCAAGAAGUACAAGCAUGCCAAUGGCCUGCGCUAUCAUCAGUCCCAUGCGCAUGGCACUAGCGGCAGUGCCAGCAGCGGUGGCGGCGGCGCCAGUUCCAUGGACGAGGACUCCAUGCAGGCGCCCGAAGAGCCGGCGACGCCUCCGUCACCACAGCCGCCAGCAGUGGCAGCAGCCACAGCACCACAGACGCCACCAGCAGCUAGCAGCACUUCCGCGCCUGCAGUUCCAGCUGUGCCCAAUGGCAAUGCCACAGCAGCAGCCACAGCUGCAGCUGCUCCAGUUUGCCUCAACGACAGCAACAGCAACAACGCCGCCGAUGCAGCAGCUGCAGCGAAUCCCGCGUUACCAGCGCUGCCGCUGGUGGUGACAGCAGCGCCAGGCACAGCACAAGCUGCUCCGCCGCCGCCACAAGUAUCGCUGCUAGCACCAGCUGUGCCUGUGCCCACUGCAGCGAGCAAUCAGCCUGUGGCUGGCGGCAGCAUCACCGCCGGCAUCUCCGGCCAGGCACUCUCACAGCAUCAGCAACAACUGCUGGUGGGCGGUCUAGGUCUGCCCGGCAUGCUCUCCGAGCAACAGCAGCAGGCGUUGCUGCAACAAGGCGCAUUGAAAGCAGGCGUCUUGCGCUUUGGCCCGCCCGAUGCUGCAGCCUUGCAACAGCCGUCGCCUGGUGCUGCCUCACAGCAGUCACCGCCUGGCCAGAGUCCACUGCGUCCACCAAGUCUCACACAGGAUGCACAACAGCCGCCUGCGGGCUACGCACAGCAGCAAGCGCCGCCAGGCUUGAAGGGCUCGCCAGGCUUCAAUCCAGCCGCCGUCUCUGUGGGCAGCAAACAGAAGAAGAAUCGCAAGUCACCCGGACCUGCCGACUUCGAUGGCAGCGUUUCACGCGAGGAUGUGCAGAGUCCUGCCUACAGUGAUAUAUCGGACGAUUCAACGCCCGUUGGUGAGCCCGAGCUGCUAGACAAAUCACAGCCCAGCAAGCACAUUGAGCUGCUGGGCAAGAAGCCCAAUGAGGUGGUAGUCGGCGUGCCCACAGCUCCAGCGCCCAAUAUGCCGCCCUCGCUGGCCGGCUACAGCAUGUAUCCAUUUUAUCCGGCAGCGCAACAGCCGCAGCCGCCGCCACAGCAGCCAACGCAGCAGCAGCAGCAGCCGCAGUACAUGGUGCAAUCCGGACCAGAUGCACUGCAGCCAGGCAAGCCCACGCCGCAGCAGCAGCAGCAACAGCAAUUACCACAAACUGUGGCGCCACCGCCCAGCUCUCAGACGCAGCCAACGCAUCUGCUAGCGCCGCCUGCGCAACAAGCUGUGGCCCAUCUAACCGACUACAGCAACAAGAACAAAGAACCACCGCUGGAUCUCAUGACCAAGCCACCACAGCAGCAGCAGUCAGCUGGCCAGCAAGCCGGUCAGCCGGAAAACAAUGGCAAGGAUUCGCUAUCGAACAGCUCCCAAUCCGCGCAGUCGCAACCACCGCCGGUUAAUUUGAGCGCAGUGCCUGGACCGCCGCCUGGAGCGUUGCCACCUGGCAUGGCAGGCUUGGCGGGACUAGGUGGGCCCGCACCCGGCAAAGCGCUAGGACACUAUUAUCCUUACAACUUUAUACCACCGGGUUAUCCAUACAGCGUGGAUCCCAACUUUGGUCCCGUCUCCAUAGUAGCCUCGGAGGAAGCUGCUAAGCUGCAGCAAGCACAGCAACAACAACAACAGCAGCAGCAGCAACAGCAGCAGCAGCAACAACAACAAAUAGCAGCUGCUAGCAUUAAGGAGGAGCGCAUUAAGGAAAGUCCCAGUCCGCAUGAGAAUCCCAAGCACUUGCAGCCACAGCAACAGCUGCUGGCCAACAAGCUUAUCAAGCAGGAGCCGCUCAUCAAGCAGGAAAUCAAACAGGAGCCCAAUGUGGGACAGCAACCACCGCCGCAGCAUCAGCAGCAACAGCAGCAGCAGCAGCAACAACCGCCGCCGCCGCAGCCACAGCAGCCGCAUGCGUUGCAUCCCAAGGAUCUGCAAGCUUUGGGCGCCUAUCCGAGCAUCUAUCAGCGUCAUUCCAUGAGCCUGGCAGCAGCAGCACGAGAGGAGGAGCUGCGACGCUACUACAUGUUCUCGGAUCAGCAGCGUCGUCAGAAUGCAGCAGCAGCAGCGCAGAAUGCCGCUGGUCUACAGCCGCAUCCGGGCAUGCCACAGCAACACAAGGACGAGCAGCAGGCACAGCAGCAAGCACAGCAGCAGCAGCAACUUAGCAUAGCACAACAUCAGCAGCAGGCCAUGCAGCAGCAUCAUCAACAUAUGCAGCAACAGGCAGCGCAGCAGCAGCAACAACAGCAGCAGCAGCAGGCACAGCAGCAACAGCAACAAGCACAGCAGCAGCAGCAACAACAGCAGCAGCAGCAGCAACAGGCAGCGCAGCAAGCACAGCAACAACAGCAAAAACUUAAGCAAGCUGCCAAUGCCGCUGCCAACAACAAAGCCACCAAUCUAACCAAGGAGUCGCCCAAGCAAAAGAACAGCAACAAUGACGAUGACCAGCAACAGCUUAAGGUCAAGCAGGAGGGUCAGAAGCCCACCAUGGAAACGCAAGGGCCACCACCGCCGCCUACGUCGCAAUACUUUCUGCAUCCCUCGUACAUUUCGCCGGCGCCUUUUGGCUUCGAUCCCAAUCAUCCCAUGUAUCGCAAUGUGCUAAUGUCUGCUGCGGGUCCCUACAAUGCGCCGCCCUAUCAUCUGCCCAUACCACGCUACCAUGCGCCCGAGGAUCUGUCGCGCAAUCCAGGCACUAAAGCGCUGGAUGCACUGCAUCAUGCCGCCAGCCAGUAUUACACCACGCACAAAAUACACGAGCUCUCCGAGCGUGCGCUCAAGUCACCCACCAGCGCCAGCGGACCCGUCAAAGUCAGCGUCAGCAGUCCCAGCCUCGGACCGCCACAGCCCGGCGGGCCCAGCAACAGCGGACCUGGCUCCAAUCCCAAUGUGCUUGGCGGCAACGGGCCCAGUCAGCCUGGCUCUGCGCCGAGUGGUGCGGGCGGCGUACCCUUGAAUCUGCAACCACCACCUGGCAGUCUGGGUGCGCCGACGCCCAACAAACAAACCGACUUGUCCACACAAAAGUCGCAUGGCGUGGCGCCAGGCGCUGCGCUGGAUGCGCACAAGCAGCCCAUGCCUGGAGCACCGCCCAUUGGAGCGGGUCCCGCCGGAAAUGGAGCCGUAGGCGUACCUGGCGGUGCGGGCAACGGAGCUGGAGCCGGUGGAGCCGGCGCCGAUUCACGUAGCCCGCCACCGCAACGACAUGUGCACACACACCAUCAUACACACGUCGGCCUUGGCUAUCCCAUGUACCCAGCUCCCUAUGGAGCGGCGGUCUUGGCAAGUCAACAAGCGGCGGCUGUAGCUGUGAUAAAUCCAUUUCCGCCGGGACCGUCAAAAUGAGAUCAACUGAACAAUGGCAGCAAUGAGAAGAAGGCCUACAAUGUGAAGAACAACUAGUGCCCAGCUGUGAACGACUAGGAUCAUCAAGGGCCUGGGGGAGCGCGUGCACAAACAGCUAAACCAUACAUAUAUAAUAUAUAGUUUAUUUUUACAAUGUUACAAACUGCAAGCACCCCCCAAAAAUCAAACAAACUACAACAAAAAACAAAACACAACAACCACAAACAAAACAAAACAAAAAC